GUGAGAGAGAGAGAGAGAGAGAGAGAGAGAGAGAGAGAGAGAGUGACUUUGGGCUUCCUCCUACCUCAUGGCGGCGACUGACCCGGAAACGGCCCAAAGACAAACAGAAGAAAUUGAAGCCCUGUCUGCUAUAUAUGGUGAUGAAUGGUGUGCUAUUGAUGAAGAUGAGAAAGUAUUCUGCAUUAAGAUUAGUGAUUGUUUGGAACAUCCAAAAUGGACUCUCUGUCUGCAGGUGAUCCUGCCCCCUGAAUAUCCAACCACAGCACCACCUAUUUAUCAACUUAAUGCUCCUUGGCUUCUAGGUCAGGAGUAUGCAGAAAUAGCAAAUAACUUGGAAGACAUCUAUGCACAGAAUCUUGGUGAAAGUAUCCUAUAUCUGUGGGUGGAGAAGAUACGGGAGAUUUUGAUAGAAAAAUCUCAGUCAUCUGCUCCAGGACCAAAUAUUAAAAAAAUCACAGAAGAAACGAUUAUGGAGCAUGAAGAAGACUUUUCAUUGGAUUGUCAGCCAUUCCAGCCAUAUGCAGUCGAAACUCUGGAUUUUGAUCUUCCUGAAAGUGAAGAAGAUGAAGAGUUACCUCCGAUCGAUCAUGGAAACCCUAUUACAGACCGAAGGAGCACUUUCCAGGCACAUUUAGCACCUGUCGUGACCCCUAAGCAG